UGGUUUGGGCUUUUUUUAAAAAUGGCUCUCUUGGGCUUGGCGCUUCCAUGGUCCUUGUUAACUUUAUUGAUAGGUUCUUCAACUUCAUUCUAUCUGGAGCCUGAGGAGGAAAUCAAUGAGACUGUCAUUUGUACCAAAGACCUUAUGGAAGUGGACAUACCUAGUGCCUUCUUUCUCAACAAAGUUCCUCCAGUCUAUAUUUGGGAUUUACACCUUAAUGACCCUGAAUGUAGAGGGAUGGAAACAGAGAACUCCUAUGUAUUCGCAAUUAAAACCAACCUGUCAGACUGUGGAACCAUCACGGCUUCUGAUGACACCCACAUCAUGUUUAUAAACAACAUACACAAUAAUAACACGGAUGUCAUCACAAGAACCUACAUCAACAUCACGUUUGUGUGCCGCUACCCUGCCAACUACAUGGUCAAGCAAACUAAUGGCAACAACAUGAUAAAUGUUGAUAUAAGGACAAUUACACUCAGCACUGAAGAUGGCAACUUUUCUGUUUCAAUGAUGCUUUACAAGGAUGAGGGUUUUGAAGACAAAUGGACAGAUGUUCCUUUCCUAGCAUUGGAAGACAACAUUUAUGUAAACAUCUACAUGGUACCAGCUCAUUUAAUAAUGCGUCUCGAGAGUUGCUGGGCUACUCCAACAAAUGAUCCAUACAGUGACAUUCAGUACACUUUCAUCAGAGACAGCUGUCCUGAAGGAACUAAUGAGCAAACAUUAGCGGUAUUAAAGAACGGCGAGAGCUCGGAGGCAAUGUUUCGGAUACAAAUGUUCAAGUUUGUGGGCGACUCCUAUAAAGACGUAUUUCUCCACUGCAAUGUUCAAAUAUGUCACAACAAAGUGGGGGUCUGCCAACCAAACUGUUCGGAAGAAGCGAUGACAAGGACAAAAAGAGACAUUGUACCAUCUCACACAGUUUCCUAUGGUCCCAUUAGAAGACAGACACCCACUAAAGGAGAAGCAGGUCAAAGCACUGCACAUCUGCCACUGGUGCAGACCUUUGUGCUAGGAGGACUGCUGCUGGUUGUUCUUUUACUCAUUGGAGUAUUUGGAAAGCUCUGGAUGCGGUCACGAGGGCAGUAUCCCACAAUGCAAGCUCAGCUGACCUUGUCGAAUAUUCACCACCACUCAGAAGUUGCCUCUUAACCAAAGUACCAUGUACUUCACCCUCCCCUUGGAAAAGGGUUUAACAUGUCCGAAAGUUUAUAGGGAUAUCCUGGCUGUAUAUAAUGUAUAUGUUCCCAGUGAGCUAAUGAUGGAUGUUAUCUGUCAUGCUCUUCCAUGCACUGUGCUGGUCUUGCAUAUGUCGUUUUGAAAGAAGCACAUGUUAUAGCAAAAGUGUACCUUUCAUUGUACAAAAUAUAUAUCUGCUACCCCUUCAAAGCCUUCUUUCCUGUCAUUAACCAACCAGCUACUUCCCGUGAUGACUGACAUGCCAGUGACAUGUUUUCUCAACGCCAAAUCCCAAAGUCUCAAGUAUAACAGACAUCCUGACAGACAUGCAAACUGGGGGCUUUCUUUAAACUAGUAAGGUUAAAGAUAUUAUUUGAAAAUGAAAAGGAAUGUUUGAUAAAACAUGUGCUAUUGAAACUGCACAUGUGAGACCUUAGCAAACGGAAGAGAGGUAUAGUUUAUGGAAUUAUUUCAUUGCCUAUAAGCCCUUUAAAGGAAUGUGAAUCAAGUUUGUAAAAUCAAUUUUCUUAUAACGUUCUAUUUGAUAUUUUUGCAUAUGGUACUUUUAAGAAAUGUAACACCAUCCGUUAAAUCAAGAAUGGUGUAAGUUAAUAAAGGAGCAUCCUAUUAUAGAAAAUCUGUAUGCAUCUCAUCUCAUGAUGUUAUUACUUCAGCAGUGACCAUUAUUUUCACAACAUGAUUCUUUUCACAACAAAAAUGUUAAUUAAUGUAUAGUCUGAAACUCCUUUCAUUAACCAUGUCAGAGCACUUGAACAGUACCGUAUUCAUGUAAAAUGACAUUUGAUUUCUAACACAGAACAGAAACAAAAAGGCCUUCAAUAUUCUGGCUUUAUUAUCAAAAAUGACUGCAUUUUAUAUACAUCUUGUGCUGUGUUGCUAUUCUUUUUUGUACAGGGGCAAUAGACCAUCUUUGGAACAUAGCCUACAUAUUUUAACUGAAUACAUUUUCACAAAUAAACUGUAAGUAAGAAAAGCUGCUCUAGUAUUGCAAUCAGACAGGUCUACCUUUUUUUUGUUUUUUUUACAAUAAACACUUUUAAAUAUUGUAUUUGAUUUGUAUUCUGAUUUAAUAUAUUUUUCUAUGUAUAUUGUCUUGUCUAGUCAUGUGUGUUUAAGCAAAUUAAUUAAGCUACAGCUGCCUUAUUCAACUGUAGUACCGGUAGCAGAAUACCAACCAAGCCAGGCUGUGUCUCAUUUGAUGAAACUUUUUUUUCUUCAGAGUACCUAAAGUAAAGACUUGGAAUGCAAUUGCAUCAAAGUCAAAUUGGUAAUGCCUUUAAUAUUCUAGCUUGACUAUCAAAAGCAACUGUGUUCCAAUAGACAUACACAUUUAUAAUGUUCAUCUACAAUGAAUUUCAAACC